UGAAGGAAGGAGUUGGGAGCCGUUGCCCCAUCUUCGUAAUGGCAGUGCGCAUUUGAUGGAACGGUGUUCGCUGUUCAAUUUCAGGGAAUUCUUUGGUGUGGAGAUUCGUAUGGCAUUUGCCCCCCCCCAGUGGGGACAGAGAAGGUAGUUUGGGAUGUGGAACAGACAGUAAUUGAAGUGCAGUGACUUGAAAUGCGAAACUUGAAGGUUUUGAAGAAGAGAAAAGCAGCGGUGCACGGAUUUGUGCAGGUGUUUGUGACCAACUUGCGAAGGAGGCAGAGGGGGAGGCUGGUGUAGUGGGGAAUAGCCACAUUAUGGGAAUGUUGUGGCUGUAGUGGGGAACGGGCAUGGCGUGAUAGCGCGGUGGGAUAGAAGAACAUGAUACGGAGGAGAUGGUAGAAGCGUCCCGUUAAGAGAAGCGACAUGACACCAUGUGGGUUAGGAUAACUGAGGACAUACUUGGACCUCUUGUGACUGCACCUGACCUGAGUUGCGGCUAAAUUUAGUCAGAUUAAUAGUUCUGAUGUGAAUAUGCACUAAGAAACAAGGAUGAUGGGGGCAAGCGAUGCCGAAGCGGGUGGGGAAUUCUGCCAUGUGUCCAAUGACAUAUUGUCCGAGAUCUUCUCUCAUCUCCCACUUGAAUGCCUUCCUCUGGUUGCAGCAGUCUGCAAGCGAUGGCGGAAGCGGGCUCUUGCAGGUGCUGUACUGUUUCAACUGCCAAAAAACAAAUUCCUCAGCAGCCCUCUUUCCCUUUCUAUUGCCUCUCCGGGGGCUUCAGAGAAUCUUCCGCCUUCUCACUGGGAAGAUGGACUGUCAGAGGCGGCAGUAGUUCCAGGGCAGGGCGUGUUCAUUGUUGCAAGGAUGAAACGUAUUGUGAUGAACUCUUCAACAGAAGACUUCCCCGAGCAGGCGAUGAGAGGGUGGGAAUUGCCUAAUCAGAAUGGGCUUCAGGAGCAGCAGAGUAGACUCUCUUGCUGCUGUCGAAACAGUCCUGCAUGGUCAUCAUCGUAUUCAUCUUUGUCAGCAUCGGCAUCAGCAUCAUCACCAUUACUGUCGACUACAGGAGAGGGUAUGGGGCAGGGAAAUGAAACUGUGCAGCAAGGGCAUCCUCGGGUGAAUGCUGCAGAGGAAAUGGUACGUGAUCAGUGGUGUGUUCGGCAGUCCCGACUGAACAACAUGUUGCUGGGUGAUAAUGUGAUGUCAUUGGACGCAUCACAUGUGCGCCAGCUGGCAGUCCUAUCCAUAACUGGAUGUGGAAAGCUAGAGAAGGUGGUCAUUCCACGGGGACUUCAGAUUCUUGAUGCUCAUGGUUGUCGUUCAUUGGAUACCCUGAGCAUCGGGCGCAGCGGCCUUGGAGAAGAUUCACGUGGACUUACCAAUAUGCUGUCUCUCAACGUCAAUGGUUGUCGUCAACUCUCUAGCCAAUCCAUCUCCAAACUGUUUCCACUCUCUGGAAAUCUUGAUCAUUGCAGGUACCUGAAUCUGUCUUGGUGCCUCAGGGCAUCAGAUGAGGUGUUGGCUGCAUUGAUGAGGCGUUGCCCAAAUGUGGAGGAACUCCUCCUCAGGGGAAUUGCUGGAAAUGCGACACUCGUGGAGUUAGCGAAUGGGGCCUGCUUAUCUCUUCGCUCCAUUGAUCUAGCCUUCAGCUCGAAUGUGAAGGAUGAUCCCGUUGAGGCCAUGAUUCAGAGGUGCACAGAACUGGUGCGAUGCAACCUCCGGGGGUGCAAGAAGAUUUCAGGCCUUCUUUUCAAUAGCAUCAAUCGGACUAUGCAUGCACGAAGAGCGGUUCUGGGACUGGCAUCGCCAGAUACCUUUACCUAUGUAAAAAGGGAUUGCAGCUUGCCAGAGUGCAGUGACAGAGAGCCAGGUCACACGAUCAGCAGACUUGUCCAACCUGCGGCGGGGCCCAUAGCGGUCCAGCGGGCUGCCCUGUGCAAGAUCCAGGUCAUCGCAACCGGCGACUUCACCGCCUUCGCUCUGGCAAAAGCAAUCCUAGAUCUCGAAAGAGUCGAAAGUAGAUUCGGUGGAAUGGGCGUGGACCCUCCCGCUCACGAGUCCAGGCGCAGCCUCUUGCUGUUUAGGCCUCCUUCAGCACACCACACAUCGUGGAUAUCGUCUUCACCACCCACAGCUCGACAUCUCAGACCUUGUGAGACAGAGGUGGAUCAGGCGCCAUGCAGGAGCUGCCGGCCAGAUUUCGGCGGGAUACGGUGUUCUCCAUACGAAAUGCCAGAGUGCGAAGCAUGCAAUGGUUACCCCUCCGAUGGGCACUUCCGGUCAACCAGUGUCCAUCAGUGGGGCAGGGGACUGUAUGCGUAUUGUUUGAUUGUUCUACCCUUGUUCCCACUCUCCCUACCCUCCCUGUACUCUGUGACCACCGGGACCUCUCAAGUACCACAUCAGUUCACACUGAUGUCGAUGGGACAGGAUACUGGGGCACUGCCACGACGCAGUGCCAGGCUUGCAGUUCGUACCCGCCCUGUGGUACCUCCAAGACCCAAGCAGCGACUCAGCAAGCGGAAGACUCCAGCAGCAUCAAGUACAGCAAUGACAGUACCAGUUGCCACCGGGGUUCUUCCCACAUGCCCGGUCCAAGGGGACGGUGAGCCGUUGGCAACUUACCUUCAGCGAGUACAGGCAUUUACAGAUGCCGUCGCUACCGCAAAGGCACAGGAGGAGGCAGCAGAGGCGGAACGUCAGCGGCUGGCCAAUGAGGCGGCGGCCCAAGCUCAGCAGACUGCUGAGGCUGAUGCCGUGGUGCGAGACAAGCGGAACGCCAUUUGCAUGGAGUCCUUGACUAUGAAUGAGAGUCAGUGGACGACACUGCUCCAAGGCAUGCUGGUUGUGCCUUCGGAAACACAGGCGGAUCCGACACCGGCGGAGGAAGAAAGGAGCAACCUGGCUAACCUGAUGUUGAAUAUGAUGCGAGCGAUCAUGUGGAACAACACGAUGUUAAUGGUGCAAAUACACGAGGCCAGACAGCCGCGGCAGAUUCAGCAGAAUGAUUCUGCAGCCUUAACAACUGCUGUUCGCACUGCCGCCACACAUCAGCAACAACAGCAACAGCUGUUGAACACCACCACCGCACGCGUCAACAACAUCGAGGCUAAGGCCUCAGCAGCACCAGGCUGCACGACGGACGAGACGAAGCAGCUCGACGGGCGCAUCGAUCAUGUCGUCAAUCUCAUCGGCGACAUAGGUGUUUUCAAUGGGCCGGACACGAUCAGUAGCAGGGUGGCCGCCAUCAAGACGGACAUCACCAGGCUGCAGACGAGACCGGACGCCGCUACAAAGACUUACAAGAUGCCACACUUCGACAUCAGCAAGUUCGACGACUACAACAAGUUGGACGCCUUGACAUGGUGGCAACGUUUCCUCACGGAAGCAUCAUGCCGCACUGUCCCGGCGGACGACAUGAUGAAGGCGCUCUACUUGCAACUGAUUGGAGGAGCGCAGGCAUGGAUGAACCAUCUGGUGGCUACCAAGAAAUGCACCAUCGCCGAACUCCACAUGCACAUUCCGUGGAAGGAGUUCGAGCAACUGUGGUUCACUCGCUUCAUGGUCCGCAACGUCGUGAAGGCGGCCAUGAACGAAGUGUACACAUGCUCACAAGGGAGUAUGCCAACUCGAGACUGGACAACCAAGUGGCAAAGUGGCCACGCCAAGCUUCGAUUUGAGCUUUACCAAUCAACGAUCCGAGUUCUUCUCGCGAUCAUGCGCAGGACUGCGAACCGCACUCGGCAACGAGUACGAUUACGCCUCAUUCCAGGCCAUCCGGGAUCGUGCAAACUUGGUUACCACCAGAUUGAAAUCCAGCCUCAAGAUCGGUACAAGACCGCGUUCAAGACGCGGUACAGGCAUUUUGAGUGGGUUGUUAUGCCCUUUGGCCUCACCAAUGCCCCCGCAACUUUUCAAGUAGCUAUGACGACUGAGUUUCGCGACUUGCUCGAUCGCAGCGUCCUCAUCUACCUCGAUGACAUCUUGGUCUAUAGCAGGACGUUGGACGAGCACAUCACACACCUUCGCGCUGUUUUGAAUCGUUUGCGACUGGCCAAGUACAAAGCAAACCGCGACAAGUGCGAGUUCGCCAAGCAAGAGCUUGAGUAUUUGGGCCACUAUGUUAUGCCGAAAGGCAUUCGUCCCUUGGCGGACAAGAUCCAAGCGAUCGUGGAUUGGCCGGAACCCCGUUGUACGACGGAUGUACGCUCUUUCAUGGGUUUGGCUGGAUAUUAUCAGCGAUUCGUCGAGUCAUACUCGAAAGUGGCCGCUCCUUUGUCGAGACUUGAGUCCCCGAAGGUGCCCUUCGAGUUCGACGACGCAGCCCGUGGCGCGUUCACUACGUUGAAGGCAGCAAUGCAAGCCGCACAUGCCCUCCGUAUAUACGACCCCACCCUACCCACCCAAGUGACUACGGACGCUUCGGGAUACGGUAUUGGUGAGGUGUUGGAACAGUGUCACGAGGACGGUUGGCAUCCGAUCGAGUAUUUCUCCCAAAAGGUGCCUCUCGUCAACACUCUCGACGACGCUAGGAAGAAAGAGCUACUCGCGUUCAUCACCGCUCUCAAACGGUGGCGCCACUUUCUUCUCGGCCGUCGGCGUUUUAAAUGGAAUACGGACAACAAUCCGUUGACCUUUUACAAAACGCAGGACACGGUCACUAGCACGAUCGGUCGAUGGAUGUAUUACAUCGACCAGUUCGAUUUUGACCCGUGCCACAUUCCCGGUCCCGCCAAUCGAGCUGCGGACGCCCUCUCACGACGGCCCGACUUUUGUGCCAUUGUGACCAUGGCAUUCGACCUCGAUGACGAUCUGCAGCCGCAUUUCGUCAAAGGCUACAAGUCCGAUCCGACUUACUCUACGCUAUAUGCAGAGCUCUCAUCCGAUCACCCGCCGGCUAGCCACUAUCGGAUUUCCGACGGGUUCCUUCUCCUUCACACGAGAGGAAAGGACUUGGUUGUGCCCCAAGAUCGCAUCUUACGGACUUGUCUUCUUGGCGAAUUCCACGACGCACGACUUUCGGCACACCUUGGCGUGAACCGCACAUUAGCACGCCUCCGCCAGCAUUUUCACUGGCCCGACGUCCUUCAUGACGCCACGAGGUACGAUGAGUCAUGUGCAGUUUGCCACCGUAACAAGGGUCGAUCUCGAGUCCCCUUCGGCGAACUAAAACCGUUGCCGAUUCCUCGGGCACCACGCCUCUCCAUUGCUAUGGACGUGACAGGCCCGUUCCCCCACGAUCGCCACGACCAUGACGGUAUUCUCACGGUUCUUGACCGUUUGAGCAAGUACGCUCGCUUUCUUCCUUGCAAGUAUCAUGCUGCAACGCCGGAGCUCGCACGACUCUUGCACACCGGUUGGAUUACCAACCAGGGUGUUCCGGAAGACAUAGUGAGCAACCGAGAUACUCGCUUCAUGUCGACCUUUUGGACUUCCCUCAUGGCUGAGUUCGGUACGACAAUGAAGCCGAGCUCGGCUCGGCACCCGCAUACAGAUGGUCAGACGGAGCGAGCGCACCAGACCGCUCAGAUGAUGUUGCGUACGCUGAUCCGUCCCGACCAGAAAGAUUGGGUUGACCGGCUUCCCGACAUCGAGUUCGCCUAYAACACUUCGGUGCACCCGGCGAUUUGCAUCACACCAUUCGAGCUACAUCAUGGUGGAGAGAAAGCACGGAUCUUCGCUGAUCUCCUUUUGCCACAGGCUGCCGACAUAGACGUCCCUUGCUCUCCCGCUUCCGUUCGGAAGUACCGGGACUUGCUGACCAAAGCCCGCGCGAAUAUGCAAAAGGCUCAAAUCCGCAACAGCAAGCAAACCGACAUCAACUUCCAUGUCCUUUCCGCGAGGGAGACCUUGUUUGGGUCCUCUCCGAGGAAUUUGCGCUCGAGCAGGACGUUUCGCGCGAACUCCUUUCGAAAUGGUUCGGACCACGCGAAGUCACUUCUGCCGUUGGAGACGACCCCUCAGGUAUCAUCUCAGCAUAAGAGAGGUGGAAGCGUAUCAAGGCACUUCAAAUUUGUUGCCCGUAGCAACAGCACUGUUCAGUCACCAAUAUUUGCUGUCGGCGGCUCUCGAAAAACAGUCGUAUAGGGUCAGCGACCGUCCCUUUUUCACACGUUGCGAACCCCCAGUUCUCGUUUGACUCUUUACUCGUUGUGAAAAACCGGCCACAUGUUCCCCUCGAUACAUGUCCUCUUUCGCCUCAACCCGUUCACUGCUUGUAGCUGCACCAAGGCUUGGGAGAAUGUCCCAUCGGAAUUCGUAUGAUAUCGGAAGUAUUGCUAGCAUCAGCACAUGCCGCGCGGCCAGGCCUUUGUAAUAGAGUCUUCUGCAGGGCCAGCAUCUGCAGCGUUUUGGUUUUCUUUUCUUGCAUCCUUGAAGUCCGUCUUCCACAAAUCGUUAAACAGACUGCAUCCUCUGUCUGCCAAUCAUUAAUUGCGCUGUCCAUGUUUCUGCUUCAGCCUGUAAAAAGCCGCACACACUCGUUUUCUCCACCGGUUAUGCAUUAUGUUUUUCUUUCGUUUAGAACCGCCUCUAGGCUUACUUCAGUGUUGAAUAUUUGUGUCGGCAAUGCUCGGAUGUGUGUGGACCCCGACAAACGACAAAGUGAACUGGUGUGGGGCCGAUGGCAACCUGAUGUAAUCUUGGGAAAGGACGAUGCCUCGAUGUUCUUGACGAAGUGUGGAGAGAUCGUUAGUCGGUUCUCUUAUUGUUAAGGUCCAGUAUUUUUGGGCUGGUGUAUAGAUAUUUGGAGGGUGGUAUUGUGCAAGUAGCGGUUGAUGUGUUCAACCCUUUUGAGGAUUCUGCAGCUACUAGUACACUUUGGGGAAACCUGUGAGGGAGGCAGGAAGGUAGGUCAAUUGGGUUGUGAAUUCCACCUGUCCCCUUUGCUGGUUCAUGUUUCACCCGCCUGGUGUGGAAACACCCGUAAGUUGGAGUUCCGACCGCCUUUGCUGGUUCAUGUUUCGCCCGCCGGGUGUGGAAACACCUAUAAGUGGAAACACCAGGGUGGUCUCUGUUACCCUGGCCAGAUAAUAUUCUACCCUUUUCCAAGUUGUUGUGCCUGCUGGCAUCGCUGCAGUGCACUGUACGCACUUUGGUGAUGCGCGCCUUGCCGGAAUGGUUGCACUUUGGUUCAUGCAGUGAAGGAGAAGUGAUGGGAUGGUCUCCCUGUCUCACUCUUCUAGUGAGUGCCCUGUCCAGAUUGUUCCUGGAUUUACACAGGACAGCAGCGACAGCUUGUGUCUGCCGGGAGUAUGCCGAAAAAACAUUAUGCUGCAUUCUGUUGUUCUUUGGGGUCCUGGCAAUGCUGGCAUUGAUUCAAGCUGGGUAACUUACGAACUGUGUUGUGAACGCCCGCCCUUCAGAAGAGGCCUGCAUGUACAAAGGAAGACCAUCUUCGCAGCAAGAAAAUAGAAAUUGGCAUUCCUUUCUUCCUUUGAAAGGCAUCGUACAAUGUACCGAACCUCUGGAAUUCCACUGGGUCACUUGACUGACUUGACAUCACCACCCUUUUUUUUUUUCACCUCCAGAAGUCAAAAGAAUACCCACCUUCGACAAGUGCUAUGACUACGUGACCACAAUGGUUCGCACACAUACGCAUUUGCUGGGUGACUGCGUAGUGAACGCCCGUCCUUCAGCAUCAAAAAGGACCAGAAUGGAAGUCACCGCUGUCUUCUUAGAAUCGUCCUGUCCCCCUCUAUCUCGAUGGGCUCAUCGUUAAACAGAAGGAUAGCCUUUUGUGCUUUCUGUCCCCGUGUUGACAAGUCCCAUUCUUCUAUUCGGGCUGACAGUGUGUGAACUCCUCAUUUGUAUGUGAAACUUGGAGUCCGGAGUCGCCAAGGCGAGUCCCAUCAUCCGCAGCAGCCAGCGGUCUAUGAUAAGCAGGCCCCUGAACAACAAACUUUUGUAAAGUGACUGCAGUGAACAAACGUACCUGAGACGUUAAUCCGUGCCAAGUGGCAGAGGACACCCAUGGCCACAGCUCUGUGUGUGCACGAAGCAGCAGAGGACCCUUGGCAAUGAGCUAACGCUGUUCAGCAAAUGAAUAGAAAGCACGAUU